AUGGGCAUGGGCAUGGGGGAGCAGCACAUCCAUGAAGGACACCUCCAGACUGGACCAACUGGUUUCCUGAGUACCGGGGACCAAGCAGCUAAGGGGAACUACGGCUUGUUGGAUCAGAUCCAGGCUCUGCGAUGGACCAGUGAGAACAUAGCAGCCUUUGGCGGUGACCCGUUACGCAUCACUGUGUUUGGCUCGGGCGCCGGAGCGUCAUGUGUGAAUCUGCUCACUCUGUCUCACUAUUCAGAGGGCAACCGCUGGAGCAACUCCACCAAAGGUCUCUUUCAAAGGGCGAUUGCCCAGAGUGGGACAGCGUUAUCCAGCUGGGCUGUCAGUUUUCAACCAGCCAAGUACGCCCGGAUGCUGGCCCGGAAGGUGGGCUGCAACCUGGAGGACACCGUGGAGCUUGUGGUGUGUCUGCAGAGGAAACAUUACAAAGAGCUGGUGGAUCAAGAUAUCCAGCCAGCCCGCUACCACAUCGCCUUUGGUCCAGUCAUCGAUGGAGAUGUUAUACCUGAUGACCCUCAGAUACUCAUGGAGCAAGGGGAGUUUCUCAACUAUGACAUAAUGCUGGGAGUGAACCAGGGUGAAGGCCUAAAGUUUGUGGAGCUCAUCGUUGACAACGACAACGGCGUCCAGGCCAACGACUUCGACUAUGCAGUGUCCAGCUUUGUUGAUGACCUCUACGGUUACCCAGAGGGUAAAGACAUCCUGCGAGAGACCAUCAAGUUCAUGUACACUGACUGGGCCGACAGACAUAACCCAGAAACCCGGCGGAAGACGCUACUCGCCCUUUUUACCGACCAUCAGUGGGUGGCACCAGCUGUGGCAACAGCUGAUCUACACUCCAGUUUUGGGUCACCGACCUACUUUUAUGCCUUCUACCACCACUGUCAGACAGAACAGGUUCCACCGUGGGCGGACGCAGCGCAUGGAGAUGAGAUACCGUAUGUGUUCGGGCUGCCCAUGAUCGGCCCCACGGAGCUGUUUCCAUGCAACUUCUCCAAGAAUGACGUAAUGCUGAGCGCCGUUGUCAUGACCUACUGGACAAAUUUCGCCAAGACUGGGGACCCAAACCAACCUGUACCCCAAGACACCAAGUUCAUCCACACUAAGCCCAACCGCUUUGAAGAGGUGGCAUGGACUCGUUACAACCAGAAAGACCAGCUUUACCUGCACAUCGGCCUGAAGCCUCGGGUCAAAGAGCACUAUCGGGCAAACAAGGUACGCCUCUGGGUCCAGUUGUCCCCUUCAUACAACACUCUCGGUAAUAUAACCCCCCAGUCUUCUGUCCUCCUGCAGGUUCCUCCUCCAGAGGCCACCAACCGCACACCCAAGACCAAAGUUCUGGCAACCAAACGCCCGAAUCCAACUCCCUUCCCCACCGAGACCCCGGACAGCCACAACCAGCCCCACCUGGUGGACCAGCGGGACUACUCCACAGAGCUUUCGGUGACCAUCGCUGUAGGAGCCUCUCUGCUCUUCCUCAACAUUCUGGCCUUUGCUGCUCUUUACUAUAAAAAGGACAAACGGCGGCAUGACGUGCACAGACGCUGCAGCCCCCAGCGGAGCGCUGCCAAUGACCUGGCUCACACUCAGGAGGAAGAGAUCAUGUCUCUGCAGAUGAAGCAGCACUCAGACCUGGACAGGGACUGCAGAGGGGUGGGGGACUCCCUUCACCCGCACGAUGUGGUCCUGAGGACUGCCUGCCCACCGGACUACACCUUGGCUAUGAGGCGCUCGCCAGACGACAUCCCGCUCAUGACGCCAAACACCAUAACCAUGAUCCCCAGCACCCUGGGAGGGCUCACCUCUCUCCACUCUUUUAACACAUAUCCCAACAGUGGGCAGAACAACACUCUGCCUCAUCCACACCCACACUCACAUUCCACCACCCGGGUAUAGCCCAGUGGACGGAGCGCGCAGGCCGGACUCUGACGGCCGAGGCUGAACGCUAUCUGCAGCGCUGCAGCAGAGAGUUCAGGCCGACAAGGAGUUCAGUCAUUGGCCAAGUGUUGCCAAACACUACUGGAAUGACACUGGGAUCCUACCACAUCCUGUUAAUACCCGAGGAAAUAUAGUAAAAGCUUUCAGACGCUUUGGACCAGAGGAUCAAAAAAAAAAAUAUUAGUAAUUAUGUUUUUUGUACAAAAACUUAGAAAGACAUAAAAAAAAGUUGGGGCAAGAACAACGUCUCAAGAGCUAAAACAUUGAGAAAGAUGUUUUUUAUCAUUAUUUUUGUUCUGGUGUUGGAGCUACACAAAGAACAGUAAAACACUUUUUCUCUCUAGCGACAGUUAUGGCCUUCGGGAUUUUUUGACAAACGACUGCUUGACAGUAUUAUCUGGAAGCAGCGCGAAGCAUCAGACACGCCUUGGAGGUGAGAAGAGGGGAGCACUUUGUAAAGGAAAGAAAACAUAUUGUUUUCCUUUGGCAUUACUCUGCAGAACGCUGUGUUUGCGGGGCACAAAGCAGAUGCCGUGCAAACCAAUGGAGGCAUGUCUGAACAUUGUAAAUGGAGGCUGUGUAAGAUAAGCCAAAAGCAGUUGCCAAAAGGAGUAAAGCAAGGACUAAAAACUUCAACAAAAACAAAUCAGAAACAGACCCUGUAUGCACAACAGAACCAUUUUGAGGAAAAAAAAAAUCUUGCAAAUACUUUUCAUCCUUUUAUUUUUGAUUAAAACAAUUUUAUUGUAUAGGACCUAUUUACAUAUCUAAGCACCAAGGCUGUUUAAGCCCACUUCUCUUGGGCGGGGUGUUCAUACUGCAACCUGCCUGUCGGCUCGGGGGGACGUGGGAAGUGAAGACGCGCCGACCGGCUUUCUGGCGGUUCCAACUAUAACGCAGAGAGCUGGGGGACAAAGGAUAAUCGGGAUAUUUUAGCACGACGCGCAUGACAAUUUACCUGCUUGAUGGCUGCUCUGCUGAUUAUGUCAUUAAUAAGAAUAAUUUUCACCCUGUUCUUUGCGUUGGAGAGAUUCAAGAAAUAUUUGGCUAUUGGAUUACUAGAAAACACAUGCUCUCACCGAACCUUGGGAAGCGCAGUCCUGGUUGCUGAUGUCACCGGAUGGAUUUAGACGGCGUCGGGACAAUGCUAAGGUUUUCUUUCAUUACAUCAUAUAGCUUGAGUGGGGCUGGACAUAUAAGGACUAAUUUUGUACUCUGUGUGUUGGUACUACCUUUUGAUAGUGGUUAAAUCAGAUUACAUUGUAUCAAUCAAACUCAUUGUACCUUCAGUUGAAAUCAAUGUUCUUUGCUGUUCUACCUAUUCGAGCACCGGACCGAAUCAAAGUAAUUACCUGCACUGUUUAUUCCAUUGACCUCCUGUUCCCCCCUUCUUUUAUCCCUGAAAGCGUGGAGAGGUACAACACCGGAGCACAACUGGUAAGGAAAACAGAGGCUGAAAUUAAUGAAAAAUGUAGAGAAGGAUUCCAUCUCCAGGCAACGUAGAUUUGCUAAUGAUUUAUCCAACAAAGCUCUGCUGCUCCAGAGCUACUUAAACAUGAAUGCCUAUAGAUGUUUAAUUCAAGAUAAAAGCCGGAUAUAUGACACUGGGUGGGAGUCUACAGAAAUCACGGUACGAGGCUGAAAGGCAUGGCGAGGAUUGGGUUUGGUCAAUUCCCACAAUGCACAUUUUCUGUAGUUUUUAUCAUUAGUUGAAUCAGUCGAAGUGUCGGCGAGUAAAAUAGGAUGAUCAAAGGCAAAAGGUUUUACCUCAGCUGCUUAAAACUUCUCCGCUUUCUUCCUGUGCAAACAGCGGUGGGGUUCACAGCUCCGUCACGCUGGCACGGCCAAAUGAGGCUUUCUGAAGAAAUAUUUCAAAAAGUACGCACUCCUUCUAAAAGCACAUUUCAGGACUUCUGAGGUGAGGCCAUGUGAAAAGGUUAUGAGCAGUUAAUAUUUAAUGUGCAGCACAUGAAUCACUUGCCUUCUUAAUUAAGUAUGAACCAAGUUUGUUCCCGAGGCUGAAGCUGAUGACGAGUCUGAAAGGGGAGAAAACCAAAGUGCAGCUCAGUUUGGAUGUUAGCUAA